AUGGCGGAUUCUUUCAACAUCCUGACUUCCCCCCCUGACAACACCUCUGGCCUGGUGACCGUCAGCGGAGAAGAGCCACCCAUGCUACGCUGGGUGUUCCUCGAUGCCGAGACGCACGAGAUGCGCUGGGGCGGGCGUCCCGACAGUCAGGGCCACGUCUGUGGGCCGUACGACUGGACUAAAGAUGAACAAUACGUGACGCUAGAAGGGUGGCAAGGGUGGUUGGCGGUGCGAUUGUCGGAAGACGAUGCCCGGGAUCAGUCGGAUCGCGAGCUGGGGAUCGUCGACGGCGAAGAGGUAUGGCGGCUGUAUUUCGACCAGAAUGACGAUGGAGCCGAUCUGCCGCCCGGGGCGCAAGGGCUGGAAAUUCAACUCAAGCGAGUCAUGGCGGAACAAUGA